AUGGUCAGGGGCCUCAAGCGACCGGCUGCAGCGCCGAAAGCAAAAGGGCGCCAAGCUAAAGCCAAAGCUUUAGCGCCGCCAACAGCGCGAACCUAUGAGACAGACUCAUCAUCAUGCACCCCGCCAGCUUCUCCAAGGGCGGCCGAGGCUGCUCCUGCUACUUCUUCAAGGCGAAAGCGGCUAGCGUUUGAAUCCAGUGCGAUGUUCAAGGAGAGUGCACUCCAAGACAGAAGCACCUAUGCAAACAUUCAGGCUAGCCUUCUGAAACACAAGCAGGAAGAACAUGAUGGUCAUGAUGAUGGGGAAUUGAAUUCGACUGAGCCCAAGGGUGAUGAAGCUCAGCAUGAACUACAUGAUGAUCAGCCGGAACCUGCUGCUGAUGCACAGUCUGAGCCUGAGGAGUCCUUGAGCAGGGCAUUGUCCAUGGAAGUUGAACUUCACGAAGAAGCAGAUCAAUCGGCAGAACUUCAAACCACGCAGCCAGAACCAACAGCAGAACAAUCGGUAGAACAUUUGCAGCCACAGCUCAUGAUCCAACCAGCUGAAUCAAAGGGCGAUUCACAGGUACAUGAGGAGGGAAAUGUGGCUUUCGGAAUUGCUGCGCCUGCAGACUCAACCCUGGUCAUGACAAAUGCCAUGCCACAGGCCGCUGGGGUUGAGAUGACAGAGCAUGCAGCGAAGGAAUCGACAACCCAAGUCGAAAAUGAAGUUCAACCAAAUGCUGAUGCUGAUACUGAUAUUGAUGCUGCUGCUCCUGAGGUUGAGCUGGCAUCAAAGGAGAUCGAAAGUCAACCGAGUCAACCACCAAAUGACCAGCCAGACGCUGAAGAUCCCAAAGGUCAGCAAGAGUCUGAAGAGCAGGCUAGGGCUGGCGAUCACAAGUCAGAGAUCAGUGAAUGGCCCGAAGUCAUAUUGAAUCCUAUUGGAGCAGACCCAUUGGUUGUGCAGGCUGCUUCAGGGCUACUGCUGCAGCUGAAGUAUGUAGUGUGUGCGGAGCAGCUUGCCAAGCGCAUAGCAACUUGGCCUCGGGACUUCUUCAUGGCAUCGGCGUGUUCCGGGACUGGCGCUGCAGAGGAAGCAAUCCACUAUUUCUUUGCCGCGAUCCAGGAAGACCCUGACCUUGCAGAGGCUGCUCUUGAUCUACAGCUUCAUGUCAAGUUCAUGGUAGAAUGCAAGAAGUUCAAACAACACUUUCUUCGCCGUGUUCACUCCCAUUUCUUUGAGAACACCACCAAGCUGUGCCAUUUGUUCAAGGAUGUCACAACACCAAAGCUGACUUGCAUAGAGCACAGCAAGAAGUUUGACUGUGACAGUGAAGUUUUUGGUGAGGCAUCUGAUCCCAUUGAUGUGUUUGUUUCCGGUUUCAGCUGCAAGAGCUUUAGCGGCAUGAACACAUCUAUGAGUGCUUCAGCCCGACUUCUCUCGCAGCCGUCAGAAGAACAAAAAGAGAAGUCAUGCAGCUAUAGAACCUAUCAUGGAACACUAUCGAUCAUCAAUCGUGCACGUCCAAAGGUGGUUUUGAUGGAGAACGUUGAGAACAUCAACAUGGGGGCAGCUUCAUCUUUGCCAACAAAUUUGGACAUCGUCCUCAAUGAUUUGCGUGAUCUGGGAUAUGAAGCAGAAGCGAUCCGCUUGGAAACAACCAAGUUUGGUUUGCCACAGCGCCGUGUCAGAUACUAUUUCAUCGCCAUAUUGAAGCAGGAUGGCAUGAUGCCCACAGCUGAUGCUCGCUUAAGGACUUCAAUCAAUGUCUUGAAGGAAUUAGAGUUUGUGCUUCCUGGGAUGGAGGACUUCUUGCUUGACAAUGACCACCCGGACGUCAUAGCUGAGUUGCAGAGGCGACAGAAAGAUACCGAAGCCGCAGCCGGAGAGGGUGGAGGAGAGGAUGAUGACGAAGGCGUCACUGUCCCAGACACCACCACUAAGUGGCAGUCUGCGCACAUGCAAGCUGCAGAAAAACUUGGUGUAGUUUGGCCUUUCCAAACGGUUCCUUCCUUUGAAGAUGAUGCUUGGUUCCAGACCUUGACUGCGCGUGAGCAGGAGUUGGUUUCCUUUGUCUACCUUUGCAAUGAGAAGAAAGAAAAAGCAGCUGAUCGUGUACUCUUUUUUGACGUUUCACAAACCAUUUCACGAAUCCCGAGUUCGACCACAGUAGUUCCAACACUGCUGCCACAUUCCAAACUGUGGUCUGUACAGAAAGAGCGCCUUUUGAUUGCGUCGGAAUAUUUGUCUUUGCAAGGGUUCAACUUUCCGCCAGUGAAAUUGCAGGAGUUCUCGGCCAGUCAGUUGACUGACCUGGCAGGGAACGCAUUUUCUGUGAUGAGCCAACGCCAGAAGAUCCAAAUGUACAGCAGACUUCCGACCAGGAUCUUCACUUGCUGA